UUACGGCAUUUCUCACACAGCUUAAUUUAGCUUGCGCGCCUGUGUGGACGGCCCAUCCCAACGAAUAAGCCCCCGUCGUGUCGGGGGGUAAACCCUAAACCACCUGCGUUUCGAUACAAACUAGUGGGUUCUUUGUCCAUUCAACUCGCCGCCAGAAACACGGAGCCUGUUUUUCGAAGCCGCAAACGACAAACACGGCCCGCACAGCCCAGCCCGUACGCCUCUGAAGCUGGCCACUUUUCUGCCUGCACACAGCCGCCCAGAUCUUCCGAACCCUCGACUAUUCUUGGAACAUGAGCGGGCUUGAAAAUCAGUCGGCAUCGGGGAACUUCAGCUUUCUUCUAGCCACACGCUCGUCUGAAUCGAUUGUUUCCACGCCGACGCAAAUCACCUCAGCAUUGUCUGCCUCACCCAAUACGCAAGCGCCCACCACGGUUGUCUCCUUAGCGUCGCCGUUGGUUUCCGCGCCUAUUUCUUCAGGCCUCACCACUACAUCUUCGUCAUUGGAAAUGUCUUUGGUGCUGCAACAGCUGCUGCCAGAGGCCCCUGCAGACUCGGUGGUCAACACGGCGCUUUCAAGCGUCCUUGGCCUGUCUCAGACUCCUUCCGUUCAGUUUGAGUCGCCCAGUUCGAGCGCCGAAAACACACCCACGUCCGUCUUGGCGUCAUUUUCCUCGGAUCCAGGGCUCCUUUCGUCGACACAAACCCUGCCGGCGGCCAUAUCGUCUCCGUCGUCCGUGAGCUCGGAACCGCUUCCCCAGGAAUCUUCCUCUGCAUUUCUGCCAGAAUCAGCCGCUCUUUCGUCUUUGGUUGCAUCCCUGUCAUCAUCACCACAAUCGACAUCAUCGCCCUCGCAAUCGUCGUUGCUAUUGUCGUCGUCGUCGUCGUCGUCGUCUUCGUUGUCGUUGUUGUCGUCGUCGUCAUCGAUCCUCCAGACAUCAUCGUCAUUGCAGCAGUCAUCACUGGGGCCAGUUCCCCUGGCUUCUUCAGCCAUAUUCUCUCUGACGCUAUCUUCAUCAUGGACAAGCUCGGUGUCGUCCUCGACGGAAACAGCCUCUUCCAGCGAGCUUUCUAGCUCGCUGAGUCUCUCGGCAUCUUCUCGCUCUCGCUCUUCGGAUCUUGCGCUGCGGACCUCAUCCAGCGAGAGCUCACAAACACCGACCUCGUCUGCUACAAGCUCUUUCUCAUCGUCGGCACCAUCUAUAACAGAGGCAUCUUCGUCCACCAGUGGGUACUACGUGUCCACAAUCAGUGUCUUGCCGGAUACCACCAUCACCACGCUCAUCACCAUCCCAACCACAGCAUCUUCGCUGAGUUCUAGCAGCAGUUCGUCCGUGUCGCUGGAAAAUGCAAAAAUCAUUGGUGGUGUGGUGGGCGCCGUGGGGGGCGCUCUUCUAAUAGGUUUGUUCGCCUUGCUUGUCUUCUUGAAGAAACGGAAAAAGAAGGUGACCAAUCAGCUGCCUGAUUUUGCCGAUGAGGCCUUGGGCUCUGACAACGAGAAAAGCACCGGCUUCUUGAAGCUUUUCGGUGCCAAGGGCAGCACCGCGAACACUGGAGGAGGUGUGUCUACGUACAACGGCCUUGAAAACCAGGUCAACGUCAGAUCAGCAUCGGUGGGCGCGGGCGCUGCAACCGACGCCGGCGACAACAACGAUUUCGAGUAUCGCGGGGUCACAAACAGCAACAAUUUGGACUCUAUAUUCCGCUCCACGGGGAGCAACACGGGCCACAAUAGUUCAGGGUUCAACUCGGCCAAUGAAACUCCGCGACAAGGGAAUUCUCGUUUCAACUCCAUGGUUGUUCCCUUCAUGAAGACCAUGCAUGAGGGCGACCAGGAGCAUGAUGGCGCAUCUCCCAUGCCGGGAGAGGCCCCUUACCCCACAGAGGAAAAUGAUGCGCUGAGCUCCUUGGCCGGGAGCGACAAGUCUUCGGAGUAUGCCACGGACGACGACCUCCUACUCCAUGCAGAUCCCCACCAGUUUUGGGCAGGAGAGCAUCACAGUAACAACUCACGGCUGAGGUUCACUGAGGACUUGGCCUAGGUCUUUGGGAAUCCAUUCUAUAUUUUUGGGGCCGUGGCAUGAGGUUGCCAGGGCUAUUUACUUCUAUUGAAGCAGCAGCAUGACUUCAUCUUUUUUUUUUUACACAGUUGCAGUCACAUAAUCUUCAUCUAAUUUCUAAUUUGCUCAUGGGCAGUGGAGCCGAUGUGAACGGGCAAAAUUCGAUCUGAGAAUUGCCAGUGGUAUUCAGUGAGUUGGUCAUGCCUCACGUGACCACGGUCAAUCCCAGCGUGGGCAAACCAGUGUAUUCCAAUAUCAUUCUGUUCGUAAUUACUAUGGACCAUUUCUGUCCUUGAUAAGAUAAG